ACUUUGUCGCUCUAUACAUAAACAUCCAAAUAGGUGUAGUCGUGUAGAAACUGCUAUUGAAUUUUAUUUCAAGUUCUCAACAUGAAAUGAGAUGCAUAAAUAAGUGAACAAAUGGGACACGUGGCCAGAAACGGUGAAUAUACUCUCCCGCAAAAUGCUGCACUUGUUCAUAAUCGGUAGAAGAAUUCAGAAACCAGAGGCGAUCGAUUAAUUGAAUUCGGUGUGUUUUGUAUGGCGGUGGAGUAUCGGUGUUGCGAGGCGGGGUUCUUCAUUAGCAUUGCGGUUGUGGCUUUUCUGGUGCUGUUUGCGGGCCUCAUGUCGGGCCUCACUUUGGGCCUCAUGUCUCUCACCUUAGUCGACCUUGAGGUCCUCGCCAAGUCCGGCACUCCCAACGAUCGAAACCAUGCCGAAAAGAUAUUGCCAGUUGUUAAGAAUCAGCAUUUGUUGCUUUGCACACUGCUAAUAUGCAAUGCUGCUGCAAUGGAGGCUCUUCCUAUUUUCCUCGAUAGUCUCAUCUCAACUUUGGGGGCAAUCCUGAUAUCUGUGACGUUGGUACUUCUGUUUGGUGAGAUCAUCCCACAGUCUGUCUGUUCCAGACAUGGCCUAGCUAUUGGUGCGACUGUAGCCCCAGUGGUUCGUGUCCUUGUCUGGAUCUGUUUUCCAGUUGCAUAUCCUAUAAGCAAGUUGUUGGAUGCACUACUUGGCCAUCGACAUAGAGCUCUAUUUCGUCGUGCUGAAUUGAAAACUCUAGUCAAUUUACAUGGAAAUGAGGCUGGUAAAGGUGGAGAGCUCACACAUGAUGAGACGACCAUAAUUGCAGGGGCAUUAGAACUCAGAGACAAAACAGCAAGUGAUGCAAUGACGCCUAUAUCUGAAAUCUUUUCUAUUGAUAUUAAUGCGAAGCUCGACAGGGUUUUAAUGAAUCUAAUUUUGGAGAAAGGACACAGCAGAGUCCCUGUCUACUACGAGCAACCUACAAUUGUCAUUGGGCUUAUUCUGGCAAAAAACUUGCUCACGAUUCAUCCUGAGGAUGAAGUCCUAGUGAAAAGUAUCACAAUUCGCAGAAUUCCAAGGUAUCUUGAUGCUUCAGAACUUAAAUGUACUUUAUCCCAGCCCGAAGUAUAUAAUAGCAUUAUGGUGCCAGAAACUAUGCCAUUAUAUGACAUCUUGAAUGAAUUCCAGAAGGGGCAUAGUCACAUGGCUGUCGUUGUGAGGCAAUGUAACAAGGUUGCGGACAAGCCUCCUAGCACGGAUCCUGCAGGAGUCAAAGAUGUGAGAGUCGACAUUGAUGGUUCAUCGCAUAAAAAUGUUAACCCGAGGAUACCUCUGCAGAAAUGGAAGAGUUUCCCAAAAACAGGAAGCAAUUCCUCCAAGGGUACACCUAGGAGCAAGAAGUGGACAAAAAACAUGGACUCUGAUAUCCUGCAAAUAGAUGAAAAUCCGCUCCCAACGCUACCUGAACAGGAAGAGGCGGUCGGGAUAAUAACCAUGGAAGACGUCAUCGAAGAGCUCUUACAGGAAGAGAUAUUCGACGAAACAGAUCACCAUCUUGAAGAUUCAUGACAUAUCAUGAGUUGUUUACAAGAAUGAGUCAACAACUUAUGUUUGUGUGUGUGUGUGUGUUGGAAAUUCAUUUAUUAAUUUCUACUAACCUCUUCUAAUCAUAUGUUUGGUCUCGAUUUCCCUCUC